UUUCUUCCACAGCUGGUGUAAAACAAAACAGUGAUCAAGACCAAUGUCUACUUAUUGAGGUUUCCACUUGUUUGUCUUCCAACUUUGUGUGGAGCUAAUGGCUUUCAACUUAGUUUCCACUUGUCUUGUUUUCUUAAUCUUGUUCAUACACAAUUCUCCAAGUCUAGUAUGUGCUCAACCCUUUGAUUAUCCUACAGCAAAACUCUCUACCACAUGGAUCAAUGAUCCUUCUGCUCCACAUUCUGUUCAAUUUGGCGAUGGUUCAACUGUUAGAGCCAUUCUUAUAAGAGGAACAUUAGGCCAAAGAUUUGCCUGUGGCUUCUACUGUAAUGGAAAAUGUGACUCUUAUCUUUUGGCCAUCUUUCUUGUUCAGACAAACAGUGCCUCAAUGAUUGUUUCACCUACUGUUUCAUUCCCACAAGUUGUCUGGUCAGCCAACCGAGACCAUCCUGUUAAAAUCAAUGCCACUCUGAAGCUCACAUCAGAUGGUGACUUGGUGCUGCGAGACGCUGAUGGUUCUGUAGCCUGGUCUACAAAAACUGCUGGUAAAUCUGUUGCUGGUUUGGCCUUAACUGACACUGGAAAUCUAGUACUUCACAGUAAACGCAAGGCGGUGGUUUGGCAAUCUUUUGAUCAUCCAACUGAUGCUUUGGUCCCGGGGCAGACGCUCACUGAUGGGCAGAAACUUAUUUCAAGUGUUUCCAAGACGGAUAGUAGAGUUAGUAUAUACUCUUUUCUUGUGAAUGAUGAGGGUGUAUUUGCUUAUAUACAGUCCAAUCCUCCCCAGAACUAUUACACUAACUAUGUGACUACUUCAGAGCAGAGUAAAAAGCCUAGUUAUGUCAAGUUCCUCAAUGGAAGCCUUGGCAUUUAUCCUCAUUCAUGGAAACAGGCGCCACUAGAAAUAUUUGCCAUUCCACCAGCAUCAUCAGUGCAAUACAUGAGACUGGAAUUCGACGGGCAUUUGAGGGUUUACGAAUGGAAAGAGAAAUGGAAGGUUAUAGCAGAUCUUCUCACAGGGUUUUCAGGUAAAUGUACUUACCCUCUGGUGUGUGGAAAAUAUGGUAUAUGCUCCAGUGGGAAAUGUAGUUGUCCUGGAUUAAGCAGCAGUGGAGUCCAAUAUUUCAGAGAGGUGCAAGAAAAGCAUCCUAAUCUUGGUUGUGCUGAAAUAACUCCUCUGAAUUGCUCUGCUUCAAAAUAUCAGGAUUUAUUAGAGCUUAAGGAUGUCGAUUACUUUUCAUCUAAUAAUUUCACCAUGUCCAAUAUUGAUGUGAAAACGUGUAAGAGUGCUUGUGUGAAGGAUUGUUCCUGUAAAGCAGCUAUAUUUCGUGAUGGACCGGAUCCUCCUAGCAGGGAAUGUCUACUACUGUCUGAGGUUUUUUCUUUACAGGUCCAUGAUCCGAAAGAUACAGAAAACAAGUUAACAGCGUAUCUGAAGGUGCAGAAGAAGGCCAUCAAAUGACCUGCCUUCAUCAACUAAGCUUGCUUGUAAUCAAAAAUGAACAAACUCUUGAAGAAAUUGUUCUUUUCAAGUGUAUCAUUAUGUUUGGUUAUCUAAUAAAGGAAAAAAUAUUGUCUUCCCA